GUGCUAAACAUAGCGGAGGGAUUGGCCGCAGCGAGCGAAAGCGAAAUCCUGUCACAGACGAGAAAACCAAACUCGAAGAUGGUGAGGACGAGGAGGAGGUCGGUGCUGCUGCUCCUCCUCGCCCUAACGGUGCUCUCCCCGCUCGUGCUCUACAGCAACCGCCUCUCCGGGGCGCUUAACCCCAUCCAGACGCGGGAUUUUCCCGGCGAAAUCGCGAAUCAGGGCCGUGGCGUCAAGGCAGACAAGCUGAAUGCGCUUCCUCUGGAAACUGUGAGUUCUUUGAAAGAACCUGUCGGCGUCGUCUUCUCGGAGGAACUGGGAGAGUUGGCAAAAGAAUCGACUGAAUCCGAGAGCCAAGAAUUGCCAUUGAGGAAGGCAGGGGAGCACAAGAACCGAGUGCUUUCUGAGGCCACGGCGGUUGCUGACCGCGCCGAGUUGAAAGAUGAGGAAGCGAUUGAGCAAGUGACCACGAGGGAGGGACGAGAUGUCGGCUCCGCGAGGGGCGUGUCAGAUGAGCAGGAGCAAACUGCAGGAUCACAGCAGCAAUCUUCCUCUGAGGGGAGUUUACUGGAGAGUAUACCAAAACAGAUAUCUGCUAAGGUCAUCGUGGAAAACUCCCAAGCAGUUAGAACAGAUGGUAGAACUAAAAACAUUGUUUUGCCUGAUACAAGAAUCCGGAAUAUCAAGGAUCAGUUAAUCAAGGCAAAGGUAUACCUUGGUCUUGGAUCUAUUAGAGCAAAUUCCCAAUACUUAAAAGACUUGCGACAGAGGAUACGAGAGGUUCAAAAGGUGCUUGGUGAUGCAUCCAAGGACUCUGAUCUACCAAAGAAUGCAAAUGACAAGGUGAAAGCACUGGAGCAGAUACUGAUUAAGGGCAAACAGAUGCAGGAUGAUUGUUCUGUUGUUGUCAAAAAGCUUCGAGCUAUGCUUCACUCAGCAGAAGAGCAGCUGAAUGCACACAAGAAACAGACUGUUUUUCUGACACAACUUGCAGCUAAAACUCUACCUAAAGGUCUUCACUGCCUCCCUUUGAGGCUAGCUAAUGAAUAUUUUUCAUUGGAUCCGGGGCGGCAGCAGUUCCCAAACCAACAAAAGCUCGUUAACCCAAAACUGUAUCAUUAUGCCUUGUUCUCGGAUAAUAUACUAGCAACAGCGGUUGUUGUUAAUUCAACAGUGUUAAAUGCCAAGCAUCCUUCUGAUCAUGUCUUCCACAUAGUGACUGACAGACUAAAUUACGCUCCAAUGAGAAUGUGGUUCCUCUCUAACCCUCCUGGAAAAGCAACAAUCGAAGUACAGAAUAUUGAGGAGUUUACAUGGCUAAAUGACAGCUAUAGUCCAGUGCUCAAACAACUUGGGUCCCAAUCCAUGAUUGAUUAUUACUUCAGAACGAAUCGUGCAAACUCAGAUUCAAACUUGAAAUACAGAAACCCAAAAUAUCUGUCAAUCCUUAAUCAUUUGCGAUUUUACCUGCCUGAGAUAUAUCCGAAGCUUGACAAGAUGCUCUUUCUUGAUGAUGACGUAGUAGUAAAGAAGGAUCUGAGUGGCAUCUGGUCAAUCAAUAUGAAGGGGAAGGUAAACGGUGCUGUUGAGACUUGUGGAGAAAGCUUCCAUCGCUUCGAUCGUUACCUGAAUUUCUCAAAUCCUGUUAUUGCCAAGAAUUUUGACCCCCAUGCUUGUGGUUGGGCUUUUGGAAUGAAUGUGUUUGAUCUGGCUGAAUGGAGGCGGCAGAACAUAACCCAGAUCUAUCAUUCCUGGCAGAAGCUUAAUCAAGACAGAUCGCUUUGGAAACUCGGCAGUCUCCCUCCGGGUUUGAUCACAUUCUGGAAUAAGACAUUCCCCCUCAACCGGUCAUGGCAUGUUCUCGGUCUAGGUUACAAUCCUCAUGUAAGCAGUAGAGACAUUGAGCGUGCUGCGGUCAUACAUUACAAUGGCAACAUGAAGCCCUGGCUAGAGAUUGGCCUGCCCAAGUUCCGAGGCUACUGGUCGAAGUAUCUGGAUUAUGACCAACCUUUCCUGCGGGAAUGCAACAUCAAUCCAUGAAGGAAGAUCAGAUGGCACCUUCAAUCCCUUCUGACAUAACCAAUAGCUUGUUUUUUGCCUAUGCGCUCAGUAGCCUAGGCAGCCUAGUAUUCAAUUCAAUUUGUCUUAGAUUUCGGUUGUUAACCGGAUCGCUUCUUGUUACUCCCUCUGCAUAAUUGCAGAAGAUAUAGCUGUAACGUUUUGAGGGUACAUGCUUCAUAGCAGGAAAUUUUUUAGAUAGCGCAA